AUGGAUUAUCAACACAACAAUGGGGCAAUGAAAGCAAUUGAGGAAUUAUCUGCUCAAAUUGGAGGAAGCAUGAGGCUCUUGUCCUGGAAUGUCCAAGGUUAUGGAAAUAAAGAUACCAGGAAUCAUCUGAGAAAUUUAAUUCACACCAAUGAUCCUGAUGUUAUCUUCUUAUGUGAAACCAAAACAGGUCAUAAGAAAAUGUCCUCUUUCAUUAAACCUCUGAAGUAUCCUAAUUUUUUCAUUGUAGAUUCUAUUGGUUUGUCUGGUGUUCUCUAUUUGCUUUGGAAAGAUGGUCUUAGUUUAGAGAUUGUUAGUUCUCAAUUCAAUGUAAUCAACUGCAUUUUUCAGUUUGAUGGUAGAACUAAGGUAGCCUUUUCAUAUAUGUAUGGUGCCCUUCCCAAUGGUAAUAGAGAAGCCCAAUGGGACUUCAUCUGGCAAUAUAGGCAAACUAUAGCUUAUCCCUGGAUUUUACUUAGUGACAUGAAUUUCAUUCUAAGUAAUAUAGAAAAAUCUGGUGGGAAUCCUCACUCUCAAACUAUGUUGAACAAUGCUAAUGAUUUUGUUAAUACUCUAGGUGUUCAUGAUAUAAGCUUUUCUGGCAAUUUAUUUACUUGGACUAAUAGGAGACAUGAAGCUGAGUUGAUUCAAGAAAGGUUAGAUAGAUUUCUAGGUGAUGAAAUCUGGUUUAAUUUUUUCCCUGAUUGCCAUGUCUAUCAUUUGGCUCCUAUAGCUAGUGACCAUAGCCCUAUUGUUCUUACUAGUUCAAAGAAUUUAAACACUGCCAAGAAACCCAAUAAAUUUAAUAAAUGUUGGCUUAGGGAUUCCUCUUGUAAGGAUAUUGUGAGUGACAAUUGGAAGGCUAAAAAUAAUGGUUCAGUUGCCUUUAAGCAUAAAUCUUCUCUUAAACAAACUGUUGAAGAAGACUACUGGAAGCAGAGAGAAAAGGAUGAUUUGUUUAAAUUUAAUGAUAGAAAUACUAGUUAUUUUCACUCUAGGUCUAAUUUUAGAAGGAAAAAAACUAGUAUUGAAUCUAUUAAGGAUAAUACAGGUAUUUGGUUAACUGAUAGACAUGAUAUUGUUGUCAAUCUUAGAAACCAUUUCUCCUCCAUUAGCAGAACUAGUAAUCAUAUUCACAAUGCUAGGAUCUUUGAUUGUAUAAAUGCUUGUGUUACUAAUGCUAAUAACUUGUGUUUGAUGAGAUUACCUUCUAAAGAGGAAAUCAAGGAAGUAGUUUUUAGUAUGAAACCCUGGACUUCACCAGGCCCUGAUGGUUUCCCACCAGGGUUUUACCAGCAUAUGUGGGACAUAGUUGGAGAGGAUACUGGGAAAAUGGUUCACUGCUUUUUUCAAGAUGACUGCUUAAUUUUUACGAAAGCUAAUGUUAAAGAGGUAAGAAAUCUUAAUACUAUUCUUGAUGAUUUUAGUAAAGCUUUAGGUCAGGCCAUCAACUUUGAUAAGUCAUCUAUGGAUUUUAGUAAAAAAACUGAUAAUCAUGUGAAGCAGGAAAUCACUGGAAUUUCGCACAUUAAAAAUAUGGCCUUACAAGAUAAGUAUCUAGGUGUGCCUCUAUUGCUGCAACGGGAUAAAAGUGAGUCCUUUUCAGGUAUGUUAUCUAAAUUUGAUGGUAGAUUAUCUUUAUGGAAAUCUAAACAUUUUAAUCAACCUGGUAGGAUUGUUCUAUCUCAAAAUGUUCUUGGAGCUAUAUCCAGUCAUCAAAUGGUUGUUUUCCCUAUGCCAAAAAAGGUUACUGAUAGAAUAGAUAGCAUCCAAAGAAGGUUUUUUUGGAACAAAGACACCAAUGGUAGAAAAUGGUUCCCUAAAUCUUGGAAUGUAGUAUCUAGUCCUAAACAUAUAGGUGGUUUAAACAUUAGGAAAGUUGUUGAAUUCAAUAAAGCCCUCCUUACUAAACUUGCCUGGAGAUUAGUUAAUGAGCAUGAUGCUUUAUGGGUGCAAAUCAUGGCUCAUAAAUACUUCCCUGAUUUUAAUCCCCUGUCUGAUGCUAUAAGUAGUAAUGGGUCACGGAUUUGGAGAGGAAUUUGUCAUGGUCUUGAGAUUGUUAAGAAAAACUCCUAUUGGGAAAUUGCUAAUGGUAAUGAUAUUAACAUUUGGAAAGAUGUUUGGAUUCCAAGUCUAAAAAAACAUGUUCCUAGUGAUAGAUAUAGUAUACACAUGACUAACGUGUCUCAGCUAAUUGAUAUUGAUACCAAAGCUUGGAAUCUUAAUCUGUUAAAUGCCUUGUUUCCUAAUGAUAUUGUUGAGCAGGAAUCCCAAGUAGCUCUUAAUACUCCCAUUCCAAAUUUCCCAUGGAUUUUUUUUUGGAAAGUUCAGCUACCUCCCAAAUUUCUUCACUUUGUUUUGAGGAUUAUUCAAAAAUGUGUCUCAACAAGAGAUAAGCUUCACAAGGUUGUUAGUAACAUUGAACCUACUUGCCCCCUGUGUAAGAAUGAUGAAGAAUCUUGUCAACAUCUGUUAUUGGAUUGUCCAGUAACUCAAAGAAUUUGGUUUGCUCUUGACCAUACCCUAGUUACUAUUCCUUACAAUAACAUAUGUUCAUGGUUGACAGAUCUGUUUACAGCUAACAAUUUUUGGGAUGCACCAAUGCAGGCUAAGGAAAUCUUGCCAAUGCCAAGGGAUAAUACAGUGAAUGUGAUAAACUUCUGGCAGGCUCCAGCUGAUCAAUACUUGAAAUUAAAUUUUGAUGCUUCCUUCAUAUCUCAGGAUCAACCAUUUGGUUUUGGACUAAUUCUCCAUAACAAUGCGGGGACAUUCUGUGGAGCAACAGGAGGGAAGGGACAAGAAGUAGAUGAGGAGCAAGUUGAGGAUGUAACUGCUCUAGAAGCUAUGAAGUGGGCUAAGGAGAAAAACAUAAAAUUUCUGGAAUUAGAAGGAGAUUGUCUUAACGUGAUCAAUGCCAUCAAUGGCAAUCUAGGGUCAAUAAAGUGGACAACUAAUGGUGUUGUGCAAGAAUGUAUUUUAAUUUUGAAAAAUUAUCCAAAUUGGUCAUGUACUCAGGUUAAGAGAGAUGCUAACAGUGUAGCUGCCUGUUUAGCAAAACACUCGAGAGUUUAUGUUGGUAGAAUUUCUUAUAUCAAUCCACCAGAUUUCUUGAAAGGAAAACUGGACAAGGAUAGAAACUAUGUAUCAAUUUAA